GCCUGCCGGCGCAACGCGAAUCGAUUAGACGUGAACGCUGUGAGUGAGCAACAGUCGUCUAACGUACCGGAGACAGCAAGGAAGCAGCGUGUAGUAUCGUCGUGCAAAGGGAGUUCUCUAAAACUCGCAGGAAUGGAACAUUCCAAACGGCUAUAUGUAGUGCUCCUUGUAGCUUACCUGUGCGGCGUACAACUUGUGCAAUCACAAUUUUCAGCUCUUGAAAUGUUGCGGCGCGAUAAAUGCAUCUGCCCGUGUGGCAACCCAAAAGGAGGAAAGGACUACCACGUGCCCAACAAUCAGUUGAACUGGUUUGAUGCCGCUUCAUACUGCAGCGCGAUCGGUAUGUCGCUGGUGACCAUAAAGAACGCAGAUGAAGGCCAGAGACUCUACGAGUCGCUGCCUACAACUCUUCGUUCCUCGUCGUACUGGAUAGGUGCGAAUAAGUUGACCACCAACUAUCACGUCCAGUGGGAACUAACCGGAGACGAAGCUUUCAACGAAGCGUGGGCUAAUGCUGAACCUAAGCAAAGAGAAGGAUAUUGCGUCUAUAUAAAACCACUAUUUCAGGGUCAAAAGACAUGGUACUCCGAUGAUUGCCUUACGGAGCGUAAAUUUAUUUGUGAAUAUUUCGCAAAAUAAAGCAUGCCGCACACGCACAGCCGCUCGCUGUUUAGUUAUCCGGAUA